AUGGCCGUCUCGUGGUACGUUGUGGCUUUCCUAGCCGCUUCAGCUUUAGGUGCUUCAAUCGCACUAUCAUACAUCCCGUACCCGUUACGGACCCCUUCAACGGACACCAAUAUAAAAAUAAGCCGAAUCAUGCGACAUUUAAUACGUGUAUCAAACCAGCAAGUCUUUGAAAAGUCGGCAUGUGGCAAAGUGUGGGUCACGGUACAUUCCCCAAACAUUCGUCUACCAGGGGGUGGAAACCUACUGGACGCUAUCGAACUUAACUGGGAUUUCAGCACCUGUUCCAAUGUACCUAAGCAGAUAGGUCUUUUUAACAACUGGCCGUUGUCAUGGAAUCAAGCGUUGGCAGUUUUUGCGGUUGAAUCUGCGGAAGGUUUCGUUAUAACUAAUAUUUCGCUGGGCGACAGUAAAUUGCCAGCUGGUUGGGAUAUCGGAACCGGUCUCAAAGGACCUCACUGUCUUUGGCCAUGGGUCGGAGCGGGCGACAGUCAUAUAAGAGCACACAACUGCCUGAAAAUACAACCCACUUGGAUGGAAGAUAACGCUGAAAGAAUCAACAAACUUCGUAUCGGCGACUUGGCAAUUCCCGGUGCACACAACGCCGGCGCGUGGCGUUUCGACACGGAAAUCAGUACCCUUUCCAGAGACAGUUUCGUUCUUUGCCAGGACAGGUCCAUCUGGGCCCAACUGGUCCAUGGCAUCAGAUAUUUCGACUUUAGGAUCGCCUAUUACGACUUCUAUCCACGAGAAGAAGACAGAUAUUGGUUGAACCAUAACUUGAUCCGAGUUCGACCACUCGUGCCGUUAUUGAGAGAAAUCAGAGCCUUCCUCGACAGUACUAAAGAGGUAGUGUUUCUAGAUGCCCAUCACUUCCCAAUGGGUUUUUACCACCAGAACGGUGCGCCAAUCCGUGAAGUUCACAUGGGCUUGUUAAGACUCGUCCAACGUGAGCUAGGACCCCACAUUGCCCCGGCUUCACAAUUUGCCACUGCGCACGGAACAAGAGGUCCAACUCUACAAACCUUAGUAGAUGCUGAUAGAAGACUUCUUUUUAGUUACGUCGACAACAAUAUAGUGGCUGGUAAUCGAUGGUUGUGGCCAAUACUACCUCAUUUAUGGGCGAACACAAACAGCCCUGUAGAAUUAUUCCAGUACUUAGACAGGAUGAUCGACAGCUAUCCUCAGCCAUCUGCCCGCUCCCCGCUCUUUUCCGCGAUGGCUCAAACAACGCCUUCAGUAUUAGACAUUGUUUUACUCCGAGGCUCUCUUCGUGAUAAUGCUGAUGCUGUAAAUCGUAACGUGACAUCACGACUGACUAGCCGUUGGCGACAAAGGGCCAACAUUGUCUCUUCGGAUUUUUACCUUGCCAACGACGUCAUCGACGUUUCAAUAGCUAUAAGCGUUGAAAGAUCCAAUCGAUUAUGACACAACAGCAAACGUCUCCGAAACGGUGGGAUAAUUAUAAACAAAUCGUAUCGCAUACCAGUUAAAACCUACGGGCGGCGUCCCCUUGGACUACCGCUCACCAAGUACCACCGAAACAGAUCAAAACGCCUCAUUGACUACACCUACUUAACCAAUUGAUUUAACUUAGUGAUUCCCGUUACUGAUCAAUUGCGUCCGGUAUAGUAUAGUAUCUAUACGUCGACACCGGCUAACCGAAGUGAGAUAUUUUAUGCUUUAUUUAUAUAAUGUUAAGUGUGAACUAGUCCAUUGUUACUUGAUAAGAAGUUGAAAUUUUUAUUAAUUUUGCCGAAACCAAAUAAAAUAUUGCUUUGCAUUAAAAUAUUUUUAAUCAA